AAGCUUGUCUUGCUUCUGCGUGUCGACUCACCUCGACGCCGGCUCGUGAGCUCCGGCCACGUGCAGUUUUUGUUUCCCGACCAAUUUUGCUGACUAAUCUCCUUUUUGCGAAAUGGUAGGACCCGCGCAUCAGAUUAUGCGCUCACUGUUUAUUACACGGGAGUGUAAUGUGUGACGGGCCGGCACCGCAAGACGCUCGCAAUGCUCGUUUUCGCUUGGAAACAGCACCGGGACAGACCUCCUCACAAAUUGUGUUGUGCAAUCGAGGUAGCAAUUGAAAAAGUCUUGGAACGAGCUUGUACAAUGGUGGCAUUGGAGCUGAUUUUUUCUUGGCUGAGUCGUUGGUUUUGUUACUAGUGUCACGACAUGUGAAUAGGAAUGGAUGUUUUUGGAUCACCACUGGCGUUGGAACUCUUGGACGACAGGGUCUGUUGAAGACGAGUUCAAGCUUCGUCGUCUUGGUAUAUUCCGAAUUAGCUGUAUUCGAUGUUGGUGAUGAAGCUGCUGGAAUUAGAGGAAGCUUGAGGGAGAAAAUGCACCGAGCGGAACAAGACGAGGUGGUGAGAGAGUCUUUUUGAUGAGGUGCAGGUAGGGUGGUGAAGGAUACUGAACAUGUGUGGAUUUGGAGGAGGUCUUUAGAUAGGAGCUCAGCGCAUUGCUUGAAAGAUGCGCUGCUGCUGGCUCGUGCUGUAGACAGUGUGUCAAGGCGAGCCGGCUGGCAAGAUGCGAGCGUAGACGUGUGAACGACGAUUGUUGAGUUUAGGUUGUAGACAGCUGAAUUCGGAGAGAUGGAGGAUACCAAUGUAGAGAAGUUAACGCGGAAGGAGCUCUUGCAGUUGUGCAUCGAAAAUAAAAUUCGCACUGCGGGAGUCAAGCAAGAUGAUCUCGUCCGUUUACUGCAGCAUAAAUUGCAGUCUCCAGCAUCCAGUCGGCCCAGAUUAAUAAAAACUAGCAGUCAGACGUCAACUACUGAAGCUCCGCCAAUGACCUCAAAACCAAAAGCACACAACCGAACGUCUAGUAGUGAAUCUCUGCCUUCCUCUUCACAGCCAAUGCCACGCAGUCGGGCAUCAAGUACUGAAUCUCUGCAUACCUCGUCACUGCCGAAGGGUCGCGUUCAGUUGGGUACAGAUUCACAGACUCCAUCAAAGGACACGAGGGGAAAAAUUUCUGUCAGGAACUUGAGCAUGAGAUCUGCCCACCAAGGGGGCAGCCAACGUUCUCCUGUGGAUGAUCCCUUCCGGAAAGAUUCACCCGAACAGAGUAGAAAGGAAGCCUCAUCAAUAUCUGGACUGCCCUUGAAGCCGACAUUGACAAAAAUAGCGUCAGCACCUACACAGAGAUCUCCGUCGGAUCUUUUACGUAAGAAGGCGAGUACAUUAUCUGGAAUUGGUAAGCAGGUCCAGGAAAGGCAGCCCAAGCAAAGUGAUAGGUCCUCUGUAAGGAGCCGCGAUGCAUCUUUGUCUGGAAUCGGCAAGCAAGCACAGGAAAGGAGGCCCAAGCAAAGUGAUAGUUCUUCAAUUAGAAGCCGCAGCAAUAUUGGAACUCCGCGACAAACCACCAGGAGUACAUCAAUAACAGGCAAACAUCCCGGUCAACGCACUCCAGUUGCGUUGAAAAUCAAUGAAGCACAAAAAGCAAGCUCCAGCGCUGAUGCCUAUUCUGAAGCCGCGAACAGUCCACGAGCAUCUGAAGCCGGUGUCAUAGAUAACAGCGACCAAUGUUCGGUGUAUAGUUUUUGCAGUGUCUCGGAAGUUGCUACUGAUGCAGGACAUCAGUACAUGGAUGAAGACUCAGAUGCCGACGACGGUCGUAGCGUGUCAAGCGAGCCCGCUUCGAGGUUUGUUCAUCGGACCAACAAGUUUACUCCGCGCACAAGUACGUUAGGAAGCAGGAUGGACCAAGGCGCAUGUCCUCCGUGGGAAACUGUGCAUGAAAGAAAUUUCCUGGAUUCCUCAGUUAAAAGUAGUGCAUUGAAUGGACAACGAUCGAAAUACACCGAGCCAACACAGGAUGAAGAUGUCGAUUUCUCUCAUUUUCUAAGAGAUACCGACUCUUUACUAAGUGACGCGGACAAUCUCGAUUCGUUUUUAGAUUCCUCUGCCGUUAAUCCAGGAAAUAAAAGUGGGGCAGAGGGACAACGAGCGGAGUCUGAGCAGAUGCGCACUCUUGAGACCUCAACAUCUUUUUGUUAUGGAAAUGAGACUAUACCUUCUGCAGGGGCUUCGAAAGACCGAUCAGAUGAUGUCAUUUUUUAUAUGAGUGAAGCUGCACUUCCUGCAAGCCACUCUGCAUCAAAAUCGGGAGAUGAUUUGUUCACAGUUCAUGAGAUGGCACCUGUGUCUACAAGCGUGGAGAUUGAUCAUACGAACGAGGUUGUGCUUCCCGUAAAAGUAGCGAUUGGGGAUUCCGCUUCACAGUCUAAAGAUUCGGAUCCUACUGUUGCAACAAUGGAUGUUCAACAUGAGAGCAAAUCUGAUGGGGUUUCUGAUACCUUAUUACCCACAAUUCAGAAAACUUUAUUUCAUGUGAAUUGUGAUGAGUUUAAUUCAGUUGAACAGGCUAUAACGAGCAGCAGCAAUAAUCGAGAGGAUAGUGGUAUUAUCAUGGCAGAAUCAGAUGCACCAGUAGAACACCUCGAGCACGAUGAUACUGUAUCUUCAGGUAUUCUUGUACAGGAAGGUGAUGUAGUUCUUGCACCUAACGUGGUGCGGCCUGACAUAGCGGUUUCUGUGACUGUGGCAUCAACGGUUGAGAAACCCUUACUUGAUGUGGAUUGCGAUAAGUUUGAUUCAGGACAUCAAACGGUGGAGCAAGGUGUCAAAGACGGAAAGAGUAAUGAAGAGAAUAACAAUACUGCAGUAGCACCAGAAGCACUACCGGAACACUGUCAGUAUACUGCGGUGGUAACAGUUCCAUUUCAACAGCAAGUCCAGAUUGCUACUUCUAAGGAGCCGUGUAGUAUCGUUGAUUCAAAUCCUGCAGAAUCCAAAUUCUCGAGAGAAGAAAGUCUGGCAUUGGGCGCUUUGAUUGAUUGCACGAUAAAUCCUCAAGAGAGUAGAAACCCCGAUGAUUCUCUUGAAAAAGUCGUGUCUCAGACAAUCACAGAGAAACAUCUGUGUUACGGUGAUUUUGGCGAUUGUCCCAUUCCUGCUUUCGAGGAAGAACCAGCUGCUUCAAGUGUGCUGCCUGGAAACACUGACCAUUUGAUCGAUGACCUGCCGAGCAAAGAUCAUUCAACUCUUUCUUCAGUCGACACCGUUGAAAACCACUCCAACACGGACGAUCAGCUCCUAUCUCAACUAGGUUUAUUGAAUACGUCUUCAGUCCUUCCAACGUGUAACAACCUUCCAGAAUCCAGUCCUAGAUCAAAUAUGACCGAGAGCAUGCUGGGCCAUAUUCCUCCAGAACCUCAAAUUAUGUCAUCUCAAGAGCAUUCUCCAAUUAAGGAGCAAGAGGAUUCUGAUAUUAAAUCGAGUGACGGACCGUGUGCAAGCGAUUGUGGACCGUUGCCUGAUUUCAACAAGGACGAACAUGAGUUGAAAGUCGGCCUCCUGGAAGAGAGACACAAGAAGGGGAAUUCGUUAGCCAUGAGAAGACUCCCGUUCUCAAUCUUUCUGUGGUGCUCACAGUUGAUCUCAUCAAUAUUUGGAUACCGCCGAUCCCAAAGACCAUGAUUCCAACAUUUUCACCAUAAUAGUGCUGGCUUGAAGUGGACCUAAAUCCAAGCCGCCUUAGAAGUAAAGAAAAAAUUGGCAGUUCGAAAGUCGAUCUGCCAACGCAUAUCGGUUAGUGUAUGUUGAGGGAAUAUAGUCGACCUUAUUUGAUAUUCUUCUAUGCAUAUCAAAUCCAAGUUUGCUCCGAAGAUUGGGAUAGGGUACUUGUCAGAUAUACUUCAACUAUUAUCUACUUUUUAAAACCAUGCGGUGUCAUUUCACAAAGAUGGAUGACAUGAAAUAAUGUAUCCAAAAUAUGCAAACAUGAAUUGGUUACUCAUAGGGUGACCUAGAGAACAUCUGCCUUUUUCUAAGCCAAAGAAAAUGAAAGUACAAUGGUGUGAAGUUUUGGAACUGCAUAGUUUGGAGAUAGAUGUACAGAGGGACAACACUAACAUGAUAUUAUAAAAGUUGCAAGUACAAGUUUUUUGAA